AUGAAAAAAUUAAAAAGAGUACUUAAAAAUAAUAAAGCUCAAGUAGUUCAAUUACACGGAACUCUUGCAAAGUUACGAUGUAAUGUUUGCACAAGUAUAUAUGAGUUUACACUGCAAUAUUGUGAUAUUUUCAAGCAAAGUAAAGUGCCAAAAUGCACCGGAUGUGAAGAGAGAGAAAAUGUUCGGAUCAAAGAAGGAAAGCGUCCUCAUACAAUUGGACAGCUAGAACCGACAAUAAUCCUGUAUGGUGAUUCACAUCCUAAAGGAUUGGAAAUUAAUCAAAUCGCAGCACAAGAUCAACAUAAAGCUGAUUGUUUGAUUAUAAUUGGAACUUCUUUAAGAAUUCCUGGAGUUAAAGCUCUUAUAAAAGACUUUGCUAGAGCGAUUCAUGACUGUAAUGGUUACGUGAUAUUGGUGAAUGCUACAGAUGUAGUUACUAAAGAAUGGAAUGGCUUAAUUGACUUUCAAAUAGAAGGUGCUUGCGAUGAGUGGGUUGAACUUGUUAACAUAGAAUUAUCAAACAUCGAAAAAAUGGCAGCUAAAAGAUCAUCAAAAAAUAAAUUGAAUAAAACAAAUAACGAAAUCCAAGUGGAAAAAAAAAGAAAGAGAGAAAAGAAUGUUGGGACAGACUUACUAAACAAGAGAAGAAACAAUAAUGAUUUCCUCAGUAUAAAAUUUAUAAAUAAUAGAAAAGGUCACACUGAAAUAACCUCGAAACAUACAAAAUUUAGGGUUAGGGACAAGAUAGAAAUGGUUCACAUGUCAUCGGACUAA